AUUUAAUUGGUAGUUCCCUUUCAACCGUCGUGCAGUUUGAUUCCCAUCCUUUAUUCGCUCCGAUUCUUGCUGAUAAUAUUCAACUCGGCUAAUAUCCUUUCGGUCAAAAGAAAGAACAAGGAAACAUGCGUGUGAUCACAGUCAACUUUUUGCUGAUGGCAAUCUGUGCUAGCUCAACUCUUUGGCCAGCGAAUGCCCUGGAAUGCUACAGUUGCGUUGGAAGCGAGUGCCUUGUGGAAACGGUUCCGACGGUUACUUGCACUAUAGAUGAUGCCUCGGCCGCAUUUGGCUUGGAUACGAUGACCGCCUUCAAUCCGUUCAAGCGGUCUCUUCUUUCCGUGAUGCCACGAGCUGCAGACGAUGACUCCACAUCGGGAUCCACUACAAUUGAGGAUUCUUCAACAACCGCUUCAGCUUCUACAACAGAUUCUUCAACAGCCUCAUCCACCACAAAUGGAGAUUCUAGCACCAGCUCCUUGGGAUCUUCCACGUCAGAUUCCUCAACCUCCGAUUCUACAACAGAUUCGUCGACUGCUUCCUCCACCACGAAUGGAGAUUCUAGCACCAGUUCUUUGGGAUCUUCCACGUCAGAUUCCUCAACCUCCGAUUCAUCGACUGCUUCCUCCACUACGAAUGGAGAUUCUAGCACCAGCUCUUUGGGAUCUUCCACUUCAGAUUCCUCAACCUCCGAUUCUACAACAAUUUCGUCGACUGAUUCCUCCACCACAAAUGCAGAUUCUAGCACCAGCUCUUUGGGUUCUUCCACGACAGAUUCCUCAACCUCCGAUUCUACAACAGAUUCGUCGUCGACUGAUUCCUCCACCACAAAUGCAGAUUCUAGCACCAGUUCUUUGGGUUCUUCCACGACAGAUUCCUCAACCUCCGAUUCUACAACAGAUUCGUCGUCGACUGAUUCCUCCACCACAAAUGCAGAUUCUAGCACCAGCUCUUUGGGUUCUUCCACGACAGAUUCCUCAACCUCCGAUUCUACAACAGAUUCGUCGACUGAUUCCUCCACCACAAAUGCAGAUUCUAGCACCAGCUCUUUGGGUUCUUCCACGACAGAUUCCUCAACCUCCGAUUCUACAACAGAUUCGUCGACUGAUUCCUCCACCACAAAUGCAGAUUCUAGCACCAGCUCUUUGGGCUCUUCCACGUCUGAUUCAUCAACCUCCGAUUCUACAACAGACUCAACGACUGCUUCCUCCACCACAAAUGAAGAUUCCAGCAGCAGCUCUUUGGGUUCCUCUACAACAGAUUCUUCAACCUCCGAUUCUACAACCGAUUCGUCGACUGAUUCCUCGACUACAAAUGAAGAUUCUAGCAGCAGCUCUUUGGAUUCCUCCACUACAGAUUCUUCAACUUCCGAAUCUUCGACUGUUUCCUCCACCACAAAUGGAGGUUCAACCGCCACAGAUUCGUCGUCGUCCGAAUCUUCCACCAGUUCGACAACUUCUUCGCCACCCAUAAGCACUUCACCUUCUCCCCCAACAAAUUACAAGAUUGCGGCCUGUUACAGCAUCUACAAGGACGGAGUGUUAAACCGUGGGUGUGUUAAGGUGCCCGAAGAAGAAUCCGGCUGCCAGGCUGUUCGAAAGGAGCUUGACAUAACAGAAGACUCUGCCGAUCAGUGCGAUAUCUGCUUGACGAAUCGGUGCAAUGGAAGCACUAGCCUGAAGGUUUCCCUUGGCGCCAUGAUUCUUCUCUUGGCGAUGGGACUUAAAAACGUGCUUUAAGAGAUAGCCGGAGAAUACUAUGAAUUAUGUACAUAUAUAUUUGUUAGUAAUUUGAAUUCAUUAUUAAAUAAUAAACGCUUACCUUGUAUCAAUUUACAUA